CCCGGCCGGCAUGUUUGUUCCUUGCGACCGCGGCGGGGGCUCCGCCAGCUCCGACUUUAAAGGCUUCACUCUGCUCAUGCCAGCAGUGUCAGUGGGAAAUGUUGGUCAGCUGGCAACCGAUCUAGUGAUUUCCACGCUCAACAUGACUAAAGUUGGCUACUUCUACACGGAUUGCCUGGUGCCAAUGGUUGGAAAUAAUCCAUAUGCAACAGCAGAAGAAAACUCAAUGGAGCUGAGUAUAAAUGCUGAGGUGUAUUCAUUACCUUCAAAGAAACUUGUAGUUCUACAGAUCAGAUCACCUUUUAUAAAGAACAAGUACAGGCCAUUCUGUGAAACACUGCUUUCUUGGGUGAAAAGCAGCAAAUGUGCCAGAGUUGUCCUUCUGUCUAGCAGCCAUGCAUACCAGCGCGAUGAUGAGCAACUUCUUGGGACACCACUACGCUACCUACUUACACCUGAUCUUGAGAAAGCAGUUGGAGGCCUUAUGCAGGAGCUAAACUGGAAAGAAAUGGAAAAAGUAGCAGCUUACCCUGGAAUAAAUGAUACAGAAAAAGUUCUACAUAUUCCUGGAGGUGGCAUCACAAAACUAUUGUUUACUGAGAGCUGUUCAAGAGGAAUCCAAAUGGCAGUUCUUCUGAAAUUCUGCUCAGAAGGGGACAACAUCCCUGACGCGUUUGCGCUUGUUAACUAUCUUAAUGAAUGGCUCCAGCUAGUUAAAAGCGAAAGCAACAAUUCCACAGAUACUUCUUCACAAUGGAAAAUACCAAGUUCUUGGCGCUUACUUUUUGGCAACGGUCUUCCACCUGCACUCUUCUGAUCAAUUUUGAAUUCUUCUGCAAGUCACGUGUGUAGUCUCAAACAUCCCUUGAGAAGGUGAUUACAUAGUAAUUGCUGAGCAACAGUAGCUUAAUUUGUUGUGUACAUAAAUUCUUUAUUUAAGAAAAAUUCCUUUCACAUAUGUGGGUAGCUAAAGAAAUUAAGGUAACUUUCACAAAUUGACCAAAGAAAUAUGUUUUGUACAGUUGUUUAUUGAAUAACUUUGGUUGAAUUUUUUUCUAAUAAAAUGUUUUUUAAAAAACCUUUUCCUUUGGUUAAGUGUUACUGCUAUGGAAAAGCUUACGGCGCACCUUCUUAAGGUAGCUGAGAACUUGAGAUUGCUGUGCAGGCAUAGAUUUUCUUAUGAAGGUAAAACCCUACUGUUCCAUGUCAACUGUGGAUCUUGGCUUUUUUUCAAAACCUUCCUGGUGAUGUAAGCAAAGCUCAGAAGUGACUAAUUCUGCCGUCUUUUCCCAAUGCCGUUGCGGUAGCUUCAGCUGGGGAGGCUGCAAGCGAUACAGCAGCCUGUUCUAUCUUUUCUGGUCUACUUCCGUUGUAUAAUUUCCAUUCUGCUUCCAAGGGCUGCAGAGAUGCUAAAACUAAAGCUUUCUAGGUCAAUGAGCCUUCUUAGACGGAUUUGAGGAUGCAUACGGUGCUCUGAAAUAUAAAGGAAUU